CGGCAGGGGGCAGUAGAGAAAGUAAAACAGGUUACACGUUAUUAUUCACUUCCUGUUCGGAGGUUAAAACGUGAAGCAUCUUGAAAAGGAAAAUGGCAGCGGGAGCGGUAACCGAGGACUACCCGCAGGAGAUAGACGAACAGCUGACCACGUUCGACUCCUCGGUGAAUGCGGUGAAAACCAUGCUGGAGAAGCUGAUGUCCAUGUCCAGAAACGACGUGAUGCAGAAGCUGGAUCCUUUGGAGCAAGCCAAGCUGGACCUGAUGUCUGUCUAUACUCUUAAUUCAUUGUUCUGGAUGUAUCUGGUAACAAAGGGAAUAAACCCAAGAGAACAUGGAAUCAAGCAGGAACUGGAGCGCAUAAGGACUUACAUGAACAGAGUCAAAGAGAUCACCGACAAGAAGAAAGCGGCGCGGCUAGACAAGGGAGCCGCUUCGCGUUUCUUGAGGAGCGCCCUGUUUGAUCCCGACGACAAAGAGUCAAAAAAAGCUGCGUCCAAGAAGCCAGCGGACGCUCCCUCUGAAGCGCCACAGAGAAAACGCCCCAAACAGAGCUGAGCCUGAGGAAGAGCCGCUCGGUCUGCUCUCAUCGCGUGAGUUUCCUGUAGACGGGGUGAAGGAUACGGAAGCAAAUGAUCAAAAAGCUAAGAUGAAGUCAGAUGAAGGGGAGUUCGUUUGGAAUUCAACCCUUGGACAUUAUCUUCUAAUGUCCACUGGAUGUUUUAGAGAUGAACAAAAUGCUAAUUUAUCUGCUUGGCUUGUCGAGUUGUGCUGCUUUUGAGACUCUAGAUCUCUUUGCUUACUACGGACAGCAUCUCUUUAAUUUGAAGUGAAUUCUAUGAAUACACUUCAAAUAUAUGUAUAUUUUUUAAGUCUUUGUUCAUAUUUGGUUCUUUUUAUUCGUUUAUUCUUUUUCCUGUAUUGGUUUAAAACUUUUUUUUUUUUAACGUUGAUGUGAUCUGAAGAGAUGUACUCUUUAAAAAAAACAUUUGCCAUUGA